UCAAUCCAACGAUAGAAGCACCUUUAAUACUCAAUUACAAGGUCUAUCUUUCUUCCCAAACGUUUAUUCAAUCCAGAUCACCGAUCGCAAUGGCACCCCGCUCUCAACUAGAAAUCGCUACGGCAUCCGUCCAGCGCUUGGUCAAGGAAGAAGCGUCCUACCACCGCGAGCUACAGCAGCAAACGGAAAGGAUCAAAAAGCUCGAGUCCAACGAAGGUGGUGACGAUGAGAACAAAGAGUUUACUCUAAAGCAGGAGCGGCUUGCGCUUGAGGAGACCAGGAAGGUCCUUCCAACCCUGAAGCGGAAGAUUGAGGAUGCGAUUGCGAAGCUUGACCAGUUGCUGAUUGAGGAGGGCAAGAAGGGCUCCGAGAGCAAUGUCGAGCAGAUUACUGCAGCCAAGGAGGCUAUCUCCAAAGCCAGGACAGCCGAGCGAGAGAUCUCGUAAACUUGCUUGCUUUAUUACUGUCUAAGCAUCAAAAGCCGGAAUGGCAAUCGUUGUAGUCCUACUCCAGAAAAACUGAUGUAAAUGACAGCCACCGUGAAC